AUGAAGCACUACCCAAUCGUGAUCUCUCUGUGCAACAAGCUAAAUGUUUUAUCAGGAAUCCAGCCAAAUGUCCGCACUUAUAGCAUCGUGAUCAACUCGUGCUGCCGAAUGAGCUUUGUGGACCUGGGCUUCGGCUUCUUAGGAGGUCUCCUGAAACGUGGCCUCUCUCCCAAGACCGCUAUCUUCAACUCUCUCAUCAGCGGCCUCGGCACCGAGAAAAGAAUCGGGCAGGCAGCCAUGCUGUUCGAUAAAAUGUCUCUGAUGGGAUGCCAGCCGAACGUGGUCUCAUACAAUGCUCUCAUCAAAGGGCUCUGCAAUACCGGAAGUACUGCUUUGGCAUUGAAGCUGCAUCAGAAAAUGGCUAUGCUGGGAGAUAGUUGCAAGCCUAACGUAAUAACAUACAACACUAUUGUCCACCACCUUUCCAAAGAGGGACACGUGAGCGAUGCAUGCAAACUGCUCGAGGAAAUGAGCCGUGUAGGUGUUAAACCGGAUGUUCGCACUUACAAUAGCAUUAUUUAUGGACAUUCCACUUUAGGCCACUGGAUGCAGGCUGUUGGUAUUUUCAAGGAGAUUAUGGAUCGAGGCUUUUCACCAGAUGUGGUGACAUUCAGCGUGCUGAUGGAUUCACUUUCCAAGCAUGGGAAGACUGCAGAAGCCCAUAAAUUAUUAGAUUUGAUGAAGGAAAGAGGUGAAAAACCAGACGUUAUCUCGUAUACUAUAUUGGUGCAAGGAUAUUGUCAAGAGGGCUGUCUCACUAAUGCCAGGGAUGUCUUCGAUUCCAUGUUGGUUGAGGGUCCUGCUCCUAACAGUCACACUUACUCUGUCUUGAUUAAUGGCUUUGUCAAGAAUCAAAAAAUGGAUGAGGCCAUGGACCUAUUCGAGAAAAUGCAACGGGAAGGAGUAAAGCCUGAUAUUGUUACCUAUAGUACUAUACUGGAUGGACUAUGUCACCUUGGAAAGAUGGAGGAUGUUCGAGGCCUCCUUGAUGAAAUGAUGAGUCGAGGAAUACAUCCAGAUGUGGUCACUUAUAGCUCUAUAAUGUGUGCAUUUUGUAGAUUAGGCAAGUGGAAAGAAGCUUAUCAGUUGCUUUAUGAAAUGACAGAGCAACAAAUUAAUCCUAAUGUCGUGACAUUCAAUGUAUUGAUCGAUGCCAUUUGUAAAGAAGGAAUGGUUCCAGAGGCACAUGAAUUAUUGGAAGUGAUGAUCUGUAAAGGUAUGGAGCCUAAUGUAGUGACUUAUAAUACACUAAUGGAUGGUUACUCUAUGGUAGGACAACUAAAUGAUGCAGUGAGAGUUCGUGAUUUAAUGGUUUCAAAAGGGCAUGAACCCGAUGCUUUUACAUACAAUAUAUUAAUCAAUAGCUAUUGCAAAAGUGGGAGGAUUGAUGAGGCUUUGAGUCUCUUUAAUGCAAUGCCUCAUAAGGGAGUUCAGCCUACAGUCAUUACAUACAACACCGUGUUAACUGGAUUGUAUCGAGUGGGUAGAGUUGCUGAUGCAGAAAAAUUGCGUGACAAGAUGCUUGCUGCUGGGAUAUGCCCUGAUCUUCGCACAUAUAAUAUGAUCUUGGACGGGCUUUGCAAAAACCAAUGUAUUGAUGAAGCUAUGAAGCUAUUUCAAGAUACCUUAUCUUCUAAUGUUAACCUCGACGUUGUCUGUUUCAAUACCCUGAUUGAUGGUUUGGUCAAAGCUGGAAGGUUCGAAGCAGCCAAAAAUAUCUUUGAUACUAUCCAUGCCAAAGAUUUGAAGCCAAAUGUUAUUACUUUGAACAUAAUGGUAAAUGGCCUCAUCAAGGAAGGGUUGUUUGAUGAAGCCAAUAACUUGCUCUUGCAUAUGGAGAAGUCUGGUUGUCCUGCAGAUUCUACCACAUUCAAUACCAUUAUUCGUGGUUUGCUGGAGAAAGAGGAGAUGGAAAGGGCAAUAGAUAUGAUUAGGAAAAUGAAGGAGAAAAGCUUUUCUUUCGAGGCAUCAACUGCUUCGCAGAUAUUUAAUUUGUUCUCAGAGGAUGGGCAAUAUCAUGAAUAUCUGAAGUUGCUUCCAGAUUUUUCUCAGCAUUGUGCAAAGUGA